CACCUGGACUCUAUAAAUAUCUUCUCGCCCCAUCGUCUAGGUCGUCUCUUCUGCCGCAAUCUCCUCCUCGCGUCCUUCUAGAAAGUUCUUCAGCUCCACGCCGCUCCGCACCAAUGGCGAAGGAUCCCGUUCGAGUUCUCGUCACCGGCGCCGCAGGACAAAUUGGAUAUGCACUUGUACCUAUGAUUGCACGGGGUGUAAUGCUGGGACCAGACCAGCCUGUUAUCUUGCACAUGCUUGACAUUCCACCUGCUGCAGAAGCUCUAAAUGGAGUUAAGAUGGAGCUGGUUGAUGCUGCAUUUCCUCUUCUGAAAGGUGUUGUUGCCACAACGGAUGUUGUUGAGGCAUGCACUGGGGUCAAUAUAGCUGUCAUGGUUGGUGGUUUCCCAAGGAAAGAGGGCAUGGAAAGGAAAGAUGUGAUGUCAAAGAAUGUCUCCAUCUACAAGUCUCAGGCCUCUGCCCUUAAAAAUCAUGCAGCUGCAAACUGUAAGGUGUUGGUAGUAGCGAACCCAGCAAACACCAAUGCCCUAAUUUUGAAAGAGUUUGCCCCAUCCAUUCCUGCGAAAAACAUAACUUGCUUGACACGGCUAGAUCACAACAGGGCACUAGGUCAGAUAUCUGAGCGACUAAGCAUUCAAGUCAGUGAUGUAAAGAAUGUCAUUAUAUGGGGAAAUCAUUCAUCCACUCAGUACCCUGAUGUCAAUCAUGCAACUGUGAAAACACAAGGUGGAGAGACACCUGUUCGUCAACUUGUUGCUGAUGAUGAUUGGCUGAACCGAGAAUUCAUCACCACCGUCCAACAACGUGGUGCUGCAAUUAUCAAGGCACGAAAGCUUUCAAGCGCGCUUUCUGCUGCAAGUGCUGCUUGUGAUCACAUACGUGAUUGGGUCCUUGGGACUGCUGAGGGAACUUGGGUUUCCAUGGGUGUUUACUCUGAUGGCUCCUAUGGUGUGCCUGCUGGGCUCAUUUAUUCUUUCCCCGUUACGUGUCGUGACGGCGAGUGGAACAUAGUCCAAGGACUUCCAAUUGAUGAUUUCUCAAGGAAGAAAUUGGAUGCGACAGCUCAGGAACUGACAGAGGAGAAGGCUCUUGCAUAUUCAUGCCUUUCUUAGGUUACCUCAUCUUAAUAAGGGUUUCUGUUGUUGGAGUGGUAACUGCCUUUAUGAUUUCUGAAUAAAUUAAUUUGCUCCUGUAUGAACUUUGAUGUAGGUGUUGUUUCUCUCGAUAUUGCAAUUUUCCUGGGGGUAGUGGUGUUACAUCAGUGGUCUUUAGAUCAGAUGUUUGUUUUCUUGCUUUUUUGUUGAAAAACCAUAAAUGAAAAUGAAGACAAUGGAAACAUUGAGAAGCAAAAUUAUCCUAUUUGACUUUACUUUUGUUAUUA